ACGUCACAGGACGCGAGGAAUCAACCGGAAACUGUCAGCAUAACACCGGAAAUGCAGUCAGUGCGCGGAACAUUUAAAAGUUGCGCGAGUGUUUGUGUUAUUAGUUUUAUUAGUUUCGUUUGUUGUCCAGUUCUGCUGAUUUCACUAAAACUCGAAUGUAAAUUUCCUGCAUGUGUGAAAUCCUGCUGCAGAAUGUCAACAAAGAGUCUGGCGAAGAAACUGGGGUUGAUCCGACAGCGCAGUCAGUCAUGCAGUGAGACACGUCAGCAGCAGUCUGUGUGCAAGCAGCACUUCAGAUUCCUGAUCAUCAUUGAUUUUGAAUCCACAUGCUGGAGAGAGAAGAACAACUAUGGUCAGGAGAUCAUCGAGUUUCCUGCCGUCCUGCUCAAUGUGUCCAAUGGAAAAGUGGAGUCAGAGUUUCACUCGUACGUUCAGCCGCAGGAGCAUCCUGUUCUGUCAGAGUUUUGCACAGAGCUCACGGGUAUCACACAGGAUCAGGUGGAGUUAGCUCCACCCCUCCACAUCUGUCUGUCCAGAUUCAUCCGCUGGUUACACAGCCUCCAGCAGGAAAAGGGCGUGGUCUUUGAGAGUGACAGUAAAGGCCCUGCCCCCUCUGGACAGCCCUGUGCUUUUGUCACAUGGUCAGAUUGGGAUUUGGGAGUGUGUUUGCUGUACGAGUGUAAACGGAAGCAGAUCUGUGUUCCUGAAGCUUUAAAGAGCUGGAUUGACCUGCGAGCCACGUACAGGGUAAAAACACACACACACGCGUGUCUCUCUGGUCAGUGCGUGGAUUGUGUCAAGUGUAAUUGUCCUGUUUGUCAGCUCUUCUAUAACAGGAAACCCAAAGGACUGAGAGGAGCUCUGAUGGACCUCGGCAUCCAGUUUACAGGAAGAGAACACUCGGGUCUGGUGGACGCAAGGAACACGGCUAUGCUGGCAUGGCGGAUGGUUUGUGAUGGUUGUGUGCUGACUGUGACGAAGUCUCUGAGGCGGACCGUGGUGAAGCCUAGACCUCUGCGGGGAAACAUCUCUGAGCGCUCGACUCGUCCUGCAUCGGUGGCUGAAGAUAAACAACCACAGACGCUCAUUUCACCACACACUGUCCUCAACACAAACAAACCAGUGUGUGUCAGCAUCCCACAAACACACUUUCUACUGACCACCAAAAUGACUGACACGACCUAUGACCCCGACACACUAGACACCUGCUGGAGAGACGGAGUCAUACUGACAGAGGAGGAGGAGCCUAGUUCCUAUGAUGAUGUGCCUUUGGGGGACGAGCCUAGUUGCUAUGACAACAUAACUUUGGGGGAGGAGCCUAGUUCCUAUGAUGAUGUGGCUUUGGAGGAGGAGCCUAGUUCACAUUAUGUUGUUCCUCUGGGGGCGGAGCCUGAUGCUGUUGGGCCGUCUGUCUCAGAUUCAUCCAGUGAUGAUUCUGACCGGCUUCUGAGAACCAGAAACUCUGAAAGUUGUAAAAAACCUUUGAUCCAAAGCCACUCUACCACAGAACCCAACAAAACCACAUCAAACCUCCAUAAACCACAUCCCUCCAGACCAGCGAGUCUCUUUAAAACACCUAAACUCCCUCACACAGACCUGUACGGGCCCGUCUCUCGUUUGUUAGGACGCAGCGCUGCUCCAUUUAGUGUGUACAGUGACCCGACUGCUGACCCACCUGUCAGCACCAGAACGCCCAGUGUGUCCCGCCCCCCUCUCUCCUGCGCUGUCAAUCACUCCUCAGCAGCCAAUAAGAGAACGUCUCCUCUGUGUGCGUGUGGGCGCAGGGCCAGGCGUCUGACGGUGGGUAACGGUGGGCCCAAUCACGGCCGCGUGUUUUACAGCUGUCCCGUCAGACGGCAGGGCUGUGAUGGGCGACACAAGGGCUGUGAGUUCUUCCAGUGGGAAUCUGGAUUCAUCCAGACCAGAACACAAAACCACCUGAGAACACCAAAGACCAGCAGCUGUAGAACCAGAACACUCCGCUAAACCACAACACUCUCUGUCUCUCUCUCAUUCUCUCUGGAUCAUAGGGUUAAAAAAAACACACUGAUAUUUACAGUGAAAUGUGAUUGAAAUACUAGUUUUAUUCUAAUUAUCUCAUGAAAUGGGUUUUAAAACAGCAGUGUGAUUUUAAACAUGAACAAAAUAAAACCUGAAGAUUGAUUGACAAUAUUGUUUUAGGAACAAAACUGUAAAUUAAUUUUAAAUAUAAUAAAUCACU